AUGGCAGUUGUACCACCCUCGCUCGCGUCGAGUCCUGCCCUCCCAGGACACACCCUUCCCCUACAGGGUCCUGCUCCCUCAGGUGUGUCUCAGGUAGACCCACCCCUCCUGGUUGAGCCUUUAGUGAUCUCCUCUGACACCUUUGGCCCAGCUGAGGGGUGUCACCCCGCUACCAACGACACGACGACCACUCGUCGCUCUCUGCGCUUGGAGACUCCUCCUGGUUUUCCACCUCGACCGUCUUCGCCGCCUCUGGAGCAUGUAGCUGUGGACACUGGUGCUGCUGGGAGUGGUGACACUGGGGGUACUGGCCCUGGGGGUGCUGAGAUUUGGGGUGAGGGUUCUGGGGGUGCUGACUCUAGGGGUGCUGCGAGUCCUAGUGGUGGUGGGGCCAUGGGUGCUCCUACUGCAGGUCCUGGCGUUGGACAGCAGCAGCCGCCUAGUCGAGUCGCGACGCCCUCACCGCAGCAGCUUCGUGAAUGGGUCGUUUGGCGAGGCAGCUCUGGUGCUGGAGCUUGGAGAUUCCUAGACGCUGGAGCUGCUUGUGCUGGAGGCACUACUGGAGGUGCUGCUGGUGCUGGAGCUGUUGGUACUGGAGGUACUACUAGAGGUUCUGGAGCUGCUGGAGGUGCUGGAGGUGCUGGAGCUGCUGGUGCUGGAGGUGCUGGAGGUGAUACUGGUGUCGGAGAAGCUAGAGCUAGAGGCACUGGAGGUCCUCGAGGUGCUGAAGCUGCUGGUCCCGGAGGUGCUCGUACUGGAGGUGCUGGAGCUGCUGGUCCUGGAGGUGCUCGUACUGGAGGUGCUGGAGCUGCCGGAGCUGGUGGUGUUACUGGUGCUGGAGGUGCUGGAGGUGCUGCUCGUGCUGGAGGCACUGGAGCUAGAGGUACUGGAGGUGCUGGAGCUGCUGGUCCUGGAGGUGCUCGUACUGGAGGUGCUGGAGCUGCCGGAGCUGGUGGUGCUGCUGGUGCUGGAGGUGCUAGAGAUGCUAGAGCUGGAGGUGCUGGAGCUGGAGGUACUAGAGGUGGUGGAGCUGCUGACGGUACGGGUACUGCGCCGCGCCGACCGUUUUUCUACCCGCAGCCGCAGUCGUCCCUGCCAUCGCCUGACUCGGCCCUUCGCCAGGUUUUUAGUCUCCCCUCUUCCACUGGCCUCACUCCACCUCUCACGUGUCCGCCGUCUGGCUCGUCUCAGUCACAGUUGCCACUUGGCUCCUUAUUGCCUGCUCCUUCUCCCUACACUAAGUUGCAAGACUCCUUGACAGAGCGUCGUGAGCCUGCGUCUCGUACCUCCACACCUGUUUGUGCUCGUCGUGUCACCUGUCCUCGUCCUCCUGCUGUCCCGGGCACUCACGUUAUGGCACUUCGUCUUUCCUCUGUUCCACAGUGUGUUGCCCUGCCGUCUCCUCUGGCGUCCUCACUUCCUGAUGUGCCUGACCUGCCGUCCGACCUUGCUCGUGCUGCCAGUCCUACUGUCACUCGUCUCCUCGCCACUGUCGCCACUGACCCUUCCUUUGAUUCUACGGCUGCGUUUGCCUUGGUCACUGAGCUAGUCGACUUUGCUACUAGGAGUCGUCUCAACUACGUCGCGAGGCUUGUUCCUGAGUCUGAGUCCGUCUGUCCCCCGUCCGUCGAGGGUGAGCCUGCCCUUUGCAGUGACGUCAUUGAGGGAAGACCCAUUUGA